AUGCAGAUACAAUUCUCAGAAUACACAGUCUUAUCGAAAAUUGGAUGUGGAUCCUAACAUCAGGUAUAUUCGGCAAAGGAAAAAUCUAAUUCGGAAUCAUUUGCCAUUAAAAUAGAGAAAAAUCCUCAUCUAGGCCAAUUAGAGAGGGAAAUCGAAAUCCUUUAGAAAUUAAAAGGAAUUGAAGGAAUUCCUAAAAUAAAAUAAAUUGGAGUAACAAAAGAGAAUAAGUAAUUUAUGGUUAAAAAUCAAAUUAAGGUGUUUUCUUGUUCUUCCUCUAUUACAUAGUAAUUUGCUAGAGUUAGUGAAGGGCAGACAAGUUACUUUAAGCAUCAUUAUGAGAAUAGGCUUGAGAGUAAUAGAAAUUUUGGAGCAAGUACACAAAAAAAACAUCUUACAUCUUGACAUAAAACCAGAAAAUAUUAUGAUAUCCCAAGCAUUUGAGAAGGAAUCCGAUAUUGAAAAAGAUGGAUUCAUCUAAUUGAUCGAUUUUGGUUUAUCACAAUUAUACGAAGAGAACUCAGAAGCUUUGUAAGAUGUUUUUAUCGGAUCGUUAAACUUUGCAAGCAGGUCUUCUCAUGAUGGUUCGCCUCUUGGGUAUAAGGACGAUUUAGAAAGUUUAUUAUAUGUAUUAUUUUAUUUAAAAGAUUGUAAUUUAUUUAUUUUAUAAUAUAGUGACUUUACCAUGGUCUCAUUAAUAAUAUUACACUUUUUCUAAUUUGGAUUUUGAACUCAUUAAACAAUCAAAGUAAUCCUUUUUUAAAACCCUCAUUUUGCAAUGUAAACCCUCUAAUCACUUCUCCGUAUUUAUGUCCUAUAUACAUUAAUUACACUAUAAUCAAAUACCAAAUUAUUCGUACAUUCGAGAAGUGUUUAAGCACAUGAUCUAAGCAUCCAAUACUUAAAUUAUUUAAUUGAAACUAGAUUAACAGUGGUCGCUUUGCACUCCUACUCAAAGUUAUCAAGAAGAUUCAGAUAUUUAAAAAUUAUCAAAUUACGAUAAUUUUGAUGAAAUACUUUUAGAUCACAAAAAUGAUGGAAGUGAAAAAACCAUAAUUCUUGUUUCGAAUUUAGUAGGAAAAUAUAAUACUAAAUAAAUUAAAUCAAUUAAGGACAUCAAAUAUUGA